GGAAACUCAGUGCAAUGGCGAAAACACGCUUCAUCAGCGAAGCGUUUAUCUGCCGUCCUAAACAUGAUGGAAGACGCGAUCCGCUCCUCCUCUGCAUCGCUGAAGAGCAGUCGCCCUUCAGCUUGUCUUUCUUUCCUUUGUCUGUCCGCUGAGCCCUAGGAAGGUGUAUACUCGGCGAUGAGUAUAUAGGUAUCUCUCUACACACUCUUCUUCUCAUCAUAUACCCGAAUAAAUCAUCGUUGCAUCUAUCCGUCCCCUGUAUCAGGCACUGGCAUAUGCUAUAUUAAUAUUCAUGUAAAUUUAUAUCUUAUAAUACGACUUCAGUCUAUCGCUAGAUUCCGCAUUCGUUUUCGUUUAUACCAAUCUCUUCAAGGAUGGCUCAGAGCACAGAUGCUUCAAGUCACCGCGGGGGCACUCCCCGCUAUACCUCACCGCUCGAGGAUUACCUUGAUCGUUUCAACACCAAAUCCCCUCGGGUAUCGCAGAUCGAGUCGGUUCCUGACCCUGACUCCCCGAUGACUGAUGAUCCCAUUGAACUCGAUAAGGUACCAGAGACACCCCGAAAACGGAUUGCUAUCAUCGGUGGUGGCAUUUCUGGUCUUGCAGCCUAUUGGGCUUUGCAGAAGACUCAUCACGUUGUUGAGCUUUUCGAGAUGACCAAUGACCUCGGCACUCUAACAAGACCAAUUGCUGCUGGGACCCAGCCAAAUGAUGUGCACAUCAAUAAGAGCUUCAUUAAUUUCUUCCCAGGCACUUCCUCACACCUCCAAGAAUUUUUUGGCAGAUUGAAGAUACCUUACAUCAGCACCCCGUUCAGCUUUUCAGUUGCAAAAAGAGAGAACGGCAAACAGUUCGAUAUGGGCUUUUCAUUUCUCAAAGUGGCAACUUCUCGGGUCCGCGAUUGGCUGACGUUGGAUACCUGGAAAUUGUAUUUCGACAUUUGGAGAUUCCAUUAUUUUUCUCUGGACCUCCUGAGAAGCAGGGAAGCAGUUCAAAAUGAUAUUCAGAUCGUUGUUGAGAGCGGAUGCCCUACUAGGCGGACAAUCGGUCAAUAUUUGGACGAGAAGCGUUACUCAAGGAUCUUCAUCAAGAAUUAUCUGGUGCCUAUGGCCCAAAUUGUGUGGAAUGUUCAAUCUGAGAAAGAUUUGCGCGAUCUUUCGGUCAAACAGUUCGUCGGCUUCCUGUGGAGUUCUGGUAUUAUGGCGUUGUCUCCAGAAGUAUAUAUCGUCGAACCAAGCGCCAGAACUGAAGCAAAAGUUAGAAAGCGUAUUGUUCUACGCAGCAAAACUAAGGCAAUCCAUCUUCGCAGCAAAGUAACCACGGUUGAGGUUGUCCUCCGGAACGGCUGCCCCAAGCUACGUGUCUCAACCUUAGGAGAACCUGUACCUGUGCUCUAUGACUAUGUUAUAUUUGCCGUUUCCGCCGAGGAGGCUCUCCGUCUUUUAUCUUCCGGGGCAACUCAAAAGGAGCAGGCUAUUUUAAGCGCAUUUGAGACGACUAAAAUUGAAGCCUGGCUACAUUCAGAUUCAAGAUUUAUAUCAACCGGAAACACCUCAGCGUAUAUUAAUUGGGCCGACAGUUCGGCAUUUCCGCCCGGGAAUUUCAAUGCAUUCUCUGUGAGCUAUCGUUUAAAUUCAUUUGAUGCUUAUAACUGUCGUGAAAGUGCUUUAUACAUCACACUUAACCCGAUAGUUCAUCCUAACCCGGCCAAAAUAGUGGCUCGAUGGGAGUACCGACGCCCACUACUCAAUGCCAAAGCGCUCAACGCACGUGAAAAACUUCACGAAAUUCAAAAUGUCGAGGACCGACACUUACUUUUCUGCGGCUCCUGGACAGGAUAUGGGCUGCAUGAGGAUGGAGUUCGGAGUGCUUUCCAGCUUGUGACUAGAUACCUCGACGCCAAACUGCCGUUCACAGUGAAUGAUUCUGCCAUAGAUUAUAAGCCACCUCGCCAAUUAAACUUCUGGGACUACUCAAUCAGGUCGAUUUUAUGGAUGAUUGACUGGCUGAUUGUGGCAUGUUCGCUCAUUGCCAUUCGAACACACGACGCGGUUAUUCGGAGGCUCCCCAUCCGCUAUGUGGAGCAGUCCCGGGAAUAUUAGCGACCAUCUCAACACGUACUACGUAUUGCUUAGGACUUUAUCGGGGUCGGGGGUGGCCUGUUGGAUCGCGGCUCAAUACUGUUGGCGUUGGUAGUCAGGCUGCGCCAUCUUUUUGAUCGGUACUGUCUCUUUAAACUACGAUAUCCUUAUUGGUAUAUUCAUUAAGCUGGAGGAUAUAUUUACAUAGUAGGGGUAGUAUUGGUUAUUAGGCAGCAUGUAUAUAUUACUUCCCGCUGAGAA